AUGGAUCCAUACAUUAAUGUCGAUCCUGGGACUAUGAGCCCAUUCCAGCACGGUGAAGUAUUUGUCACAGAAGAUGGUGCUGAAACUGACUUAGAUUUGGGUUAUUACGAGCGUUUCUUACGUCGUGCCAAAAUGACCAAAUUAAAUAACUUUACAUCAGGUCGUGUUUAUCAAGACAACGUCGUGGUGAUUAUCUCGGCGGUACAGUACAAGUUAUUCCACAUAUUACGGAUAAUAUUAAAGAACGUGUUCUUCGCGCAGGCGAAGGUUAUGACGUUGCCAUUGUGGAAAUCGGUGGCACACUUACCUGAAGCCGAUCUUUCGGAUUGGGAUCAUGUGGUUGAAGCAUUAUUGAAUCCAGAGUACACAGUUCGUGUGGCGAUGAUGCAUAUAAGUCUGUCAAUGAAGCACUUUUACAUGCGGGUAUUCAAAAUCGUGUCAAAGUUCAAAUUGACUAUAUCAAUGCUGAAGAGCUUGAAAGCCAAAAUCCUGCAGAAGUAUUAA